ACCACUAGAAAAGAAGAAAAAAAAAACAUUUGUUGUGUGUGAACUAAGAUUUUACUUUGUUUUCUUUGGCCUUGAUCUCAUGUAUAAAUAUGUGUGUUAAGUAUUAUUCAAUCAAGAACUAGCACAUAGAACAACACUUUAUUAGGUGUUAGCCAUUGAAAACCAAGAUCAUUUUUCACUCAUUUCUAUUAUCAAAACAGACGAAAGGUGAGAAUGAAAACAAAGAUCUUCAAGAUAGUAGUAAAAUUUUUGACCAAAAAAGGUAAAGUUGAUAAGGAAGAGCCGCUUUUUGAUCUUAAGGAAGCUUUUUCCAAGUUUGCAAAUGGUGAGAAUCACAUGUCAAAGGAACAACUACUUAGAUUCAUGGUGGAGUAUCAAGGAGAGCAAAAUUGCACCUUAUUGGAUUUGGAGCCAAUCAUUGAAAAGGUUUUGAAAAUGGAAAGUUCUAACACUGAAACUAGCAGUAUUGUUGGACUCAGUUUGGAUGACUUCAUAAAUUUUCUGCUUGUUGAUGAUUUCAAUGGUCCCUUAAAAGAUGAGGUACAUCAUGAUAUGGAAGCUCCUUUGUCACAUUAUUUCAUGUAUACAGGACACAAUUCCUACCUUACUGGAAAUCAAUUUACUAGUGAGAGCAGUGAUAAACCAAUUAUAGAGGCUUUGAAACAAGGUGUACGAGUAAUUGAACUUGAUUUAUGGCCAUCUUCAACUAAAGAUGGUGGUAUUAAAGUAGUUCAUGGAAAGACUCUCACCACUCCAGUUGCACUAACCAAAUGUUUGGAAGCCAUAAAAGAAUAUGCUUUUGUUAAAUCUGAUUUUCCAGUGAUUCUAACUUUAGAAGACCACCUAACACCAAAGCUUCAGUAUAACUUUGCAAAAAUAGCAAUUCAAAUAUUUGGAAAUAUGCUUUAUCGUCCUGGGACAGAUUGUUUAACAGAAUUUCCCUCGCCAGCAUCACUCAAAAAUAUGGUACUUAUAUCAACUAAAUCACCAAAAGAAUAUAAUCAAUCUGAUAGUGUCAGCAAUCAGGUGUUAAAUGGAUGUGAAUCAUCUGAAGACGAAUCAUGGGAAUUGCAAGAUUCUAUGGUUAAACUGAAAACUGAAGAAAAGAGUGUAAAUGAUGAAGACAAGGAAGAUAUAAAUACAAAUGCUUUCAAAUCAAACCAGCAAGUUGCACUUCAAUACAAACAUUUGAUUGCAAUUCAUGGUGGAAAAUCAGAAGGUAACAUGAAGGAUAUACUAAAAGUUGAUGGUGGUAAAGUCAGAAGGCUAAGUUUGAGUGAGAAGAAACUCAAAACUGCUUCUAAAUCUCAUGGGCCUGACCUAAUUAGGUUCACACAGAAAAAUAUCCUCAGAAUUUAUCCUAAAGGAGAACGUGUCCGAUCCUCAAAUUUUAGGCCACUUUUAGGGUGGAUGUAUGGAGCUCAGAUGGUUGCAUGCAAUAUGCAGGGGCAUGGCAAACCACUCCGGUUGAUGCAAGGGAUGUUCAAAGCGAAUGGAGGGUGUGGUUAUGUGAAAAAACCUGAAUUUCUAAUUCAAGAAGUUGCAAAUAAUGAGGCUUUUGAUCCUAAAAGAAAGUUGCCAGCGAAGCAGAUAUUAAAAGUAAAAGUAUAUAAAGGAGUUGGUUGGAGUUCAGAUUUUAGUCCAACGCACUUCGAUCGAUUCUCUCCACCAGACUUUUACACAAAGGUUUCUAUUGCUGGAGUGAGAGCUGAUUGUGCCAAGAAGAAAACAAGUGUAAAGAUGGACAAUUGGAAUCCCAUUUGGGACGAAGAGUUUGAGUUCCGUUUGACAGUUCCGGAGCUCGCGUUGCUCCGGAUCGAAGUAAAGGAUAAAGAUCAGACAAAAGAUGAUUUUGCUGGACAGACUUGUUUGCCAGUAUCAGAGCUAAGACAUGGAUUUCGGUCUGUUGCUUUGUGUGACAGAAAGGGAAAGAAAUAUAACUCUGUCAAGCUUUUACUUGGAUUCCAACUAGAAACUUUGAAAAUGUUGUAAUAUGGUUAAUCUAAGUAUCUAUAUUAUAAGAUCUUUUUGUUUAGGAGCAUAAUGAUAUUUAUCUUUAUAUGUUGAGCUGCUUGAAAAUAGUAUUUGUGGGCUUUCAUUAC